GUUGCCCCUGCCCACCUCUCUGGCAGGCUCCGAGAUGAUCGAGACCCAGGAGGACAUUUACGUGGGCUCCAUUGAGACAGACCGAGGGGUGCGUGAGCAAGUGCGCUUCUACGACACACGAGGCCUGCGGGACGGCCUGGAGCUUCCCAAGCACUGCUUCUCCUGCACGGAUGGCUAUGUGCUGGUCUAUAGCACUGACAGCAAGGAGUCCUUCAAGCGAGUGGAGCUCCUCAAGAAGGAGAUUGACAAGUCCAAAGACAAGAAAGAGGUCACCAUUGUGGUUUUGGGCAACAAGUGUGACCUGCAGGAGCAGCGCCGGGUGGACCAUGAUGCAGCCCAGCACUGGGCCAAGGGCGAGAAGGUGAAGCUGUGGGAGGUGUCCGUGGCUGACCGGCAUACACUGAUCGAGCCAUUCAUCUACCUGGCCAGCAAGAUGACACAGCCACAAAGCAAGUCUGCCUUUCCUCUGAGUCGCAAGAACAAGGGCAGCGGAUCCAUGGAUGGCUGAGCCUCGUUUUCCCUUCCCUUCCCUUGCCAAUUCCUCUCACUCACCUCCCUACUUCCCUUGCACAUACCUCCUGCUGAGCCUGUUUGGUGUUGCGGAGCCUGCGGGAAACACGGUGGCAUGAGGAACAGGUGUCCCAGGGCUGGGGAUGGUCUCUGAGGAUGAGAGCGCUGAGCCAUCUCACUGCACUGGGACAGAGACCGCUCUUUUCACUGCCCA